AUGGGUUCAUCACUACGCGACAACCCACUUUUUAAGACCAAAGAAUCCAUCGCCACACUUUCGGUGAUAAGCCUCGAAUGUAUCCUCAUUUGCAUUUUGGAGGGUCUGGUCGUCAAAAAUCACCUUGCACUUGUCAGCAACUGUCAAAUGGAUAGCGUUGGCCAAGGUGUCAGCGAAUCCGAUUUGAUCUAUCACUCGCUUUUCAUUGUCUCUCAAGCAUUCCAGGUACUUUUAUGUGUCGAUGCCUUGCUUCAAAAGAAUACAGCCCAACUAUGCACGCUCGUGGCGUUUGGAUUAUUGGUAGUAGGUAAUUAUCACUCUUUUUAA